UUUUACCUAAAAUUGAUUGCCCUUACAGGAAUAUUAUCCUGGUUGGAUCAUGAGACUAUACCUGGAUCCAACUAAUCUUAAUCUUAAUGCCUCACAUGAUCUUUGUGCUCUGUCUUGUAAAAGCAACAGGAUGGAUUUAUGUUCUGUACUGAGUGUUCCUCCCUAUGGGAAUAUAUCCAGCAAGUUUGGAAUGAUCUGGCGGUUUUUACCCUUGGCAGAUCCAUUUGUGGAUUUUAUGGUUUCAAGAGAUUUGGACUCUAGGUUUUCUGCAAGGGAGACUGCUGCUGUUAAUGAUUGGCUAAGUUUAGUUAUUCUUGGAGUUUCUACAAUCCUUAAGAUCUACCAAACUAUACCUCAAGGCCUACCAUUCCACAUUAUGAGAGAUCAUCCUCAUCAUCGUAGAUCAAUCCUUGGGGGAAUGUGGGGAGCAAGGAUGGAUUUAGACAACCGUGAAAGAUACAAGAAUCUUUUUGAGACUUUGUUUGAAAAGACCUCGGACAGAUGGCAGAAAGGAUAUGACCAAAGUUUACUUCAUAAGUUUGUUUGGCCUGCUGUACAAAAUGAAGCUUGCAUACAUGAUUCUUAUACCUGUAAUCUCUUUCCAGCUCCACAUAACAGACCUUGGCCCACACAGAGGAAAAAUGGGACUUCUAACUUUGUUGCUGCCAGCUUUAGAAAUCAGCGACUGCAACCCUCACAGCAUUGUCCGGAGCUCUGCAGGCCUAAAGAUCAUUUAGAGUGGAAAACUUGCUGAUAGAAUUUAAUUCCUACAUCACUUUAAUUUUGUUUGGUAUUUCCUGUUAAAUCUGCACUUUAAACAUAGAGUUUCACACUCUCCAACUUUUAUUUUAUGCAUGUUCAAAUAUAGCUAUUAAGAAAGCAA